CCUCCCUUGGGUGCUACAUACACACCCAUGAGGCAUGCCACGGUAGCCACGGCGGCCCUAGUGGUGUCGUGUUGCCUACUUGCAUGCAGCUCUUCUGUCGCAGUUGCUUGGACGACAACGCAGUCGUCUCGCCGCUUGUUCGAAGCCUCCCCGUCUCUUCAAUGUCGACAGUCCAGCGCCCGCCCGCUAGCUCGACUCAGAAGCAGCCGCAGCAGCGAUAGCGGUUACGGCGUACGAGGUGGUGGUGCCGCUACCUCUUAUCCAUCGUUUGGCUGUCGGGGGCGGCAAGUACAGCGGUUACCAUGGCUUCGGCAAUCGUCAAGUCGUUUAUGUUCAACAACAACAGGAACCGAGUCAGAAAACACAGCUUCUCCCACAGGCGACAAAUCAGGAGGCGUUCACGGCGUCGGUGAGGAUGCGGGGAUGGGGAAAAGCGAACCUCGCCAGGGGGCGGACUUGAAUACGCAAAUCGGGCUCUUUGUGGAGAUGUCAACUCCCUUCUUCAAGGCAAGUUGUCGUGAGGAGAAUGGUGCUCGCUGGCUGCUGGCGACAGUGGUGGCUUUGACGCUCCUCAACAGCGGUGUGUCCGUCGCCUUCUCCUACAUCGGCCGAGAUUUCUGGACGGCUCUCUCGAACAAGGACCCCGCCCAAUUCAAUAUUAUGUUGCAAAGGUUUCUUUUGGCUUUGAUAGCUGGCGUCCCUGUGACGGUGUUCUACCGCUUUGAGAGGCAAAAGCUAGCGCUAUCGUGGCGAGAGUGGAUGACGAAGCGAGUCAUGGAGAUCUACUACAGCGGGCAGACAUACUACGCCCUGGAGGCCUCGAAGGAGAUCGAUAAUCCCGAUCAGAGGAUAGCCGAGGACGUGCGGGCGUUCACACAAGUGUCGCUGGAGUUCCUCAUCACGGUGCUAACAUCGUGCAUCGACCUCGCCUCUUUCUCGACCAUCCUUUACUCUAUCUACCCGCAGCUGUUCAUCGCUAUCAUCGGCUACGCGUCCGUGGGAACCUUCGUCACCACCAAGCUAGGCGGCAAGCUCGUGGGACUUAACUUCGAUCAGCUCCAGACAGAGGCAGAUUUCAGGUACUCGUUGAUUCGCGUACGGGAGAAUGCCGAGUCAAUUGCCUUCUACGGGGGCGUGCAACAGGAGUUGAACGAGGUCCAGCGGCGUUUCGGCAAGGCUUUGGACAACUUUGGCCAGGUCAUCCGCGCGCAGCGGAACCUGGAGUUCUUCACCACCGGCUACCGGUAUCUCAUUCAGGUCCUCCCAGGCUUCGUGGUGGCACCGCUCUUCUUUCAAGGGAAGAUCGAGCUCGGAGUGGUCAGCCAAUCGUACGGUGCCUUCAACCACAUCCUCGGCGACCUUUCCUUGAUAGUCAACCAGUUCGAGUCCUUGAGUGCCUUCUCUGCCGGCAUCGACCGCCUCGGGGAGUUCUUGGAGAGGAUGAGUGGCAUGGAAACCAUCGCGAACAUCACCGACAACAAGCGGGGCCUUCUAGCUGCGCCAGCGUCGACGUCGUCGUCACCUUCAUCCAGCCCACCGUCUGUGCCUGGCCACACCGCCCUGGACAGCCCGCUUAGAGACAACUUGCUCGGGGAUGACCAACCGGAGCAGGAAGAUGGCCUCAACGAAGGGGAAGGGGUGGGGGUGUUGACGACGGAGACGGCGAAGGGUGCGAGACUGACUGUGGAGGACGUGUCCGUAGUAACACCCACAGGAGGACGCGUUUUAAUGAGUGGGUUGUCCUUCAGCCUCGGCGACUCAGAGCGCUUGCUGAUCGUUGGGGAGUCAGGCGCGGGGAAAUCGAGCUUGCUUCGUGCAAUAGCCGGCCUUUGGACAACAGGUUCGGGGAAGAUCGUCCGUCCAACGAAGGAGGAGAUGUUCUUCCUUCCGCAGAGGCCGUACUGUACACUCGGCCCGUUGAGAGACCAGAUCACGUACCCAUCGAGCCACGGUGGUGCGGAGGCGGCGGGAGAGGACGGUGAUGCGGGAGCGGUAGAGGGCACGGCAGAAAAAGGGUCGAUUGCGGAUGACGACGAGCUCCUCGACCUUUUAGAGAAGGUGGACCUCGGAAGGCUGGCGGUGAUGAUGGGGAGCGGCGACGCCCACGCCGGUCUUGGAGCCGUACGGGACUGGUCGGAUAUGCUCUCUCUGGGGGAGCAGCAGCGGUUGGCGUUUGCAAGGCUCUUGUACAACAAGCCCACGCUGGCUAUAUUGGAUGAGUCGACCUCCGCUCUCGACCUUGCGAACGAGGAACGAAUGUUCGCUCUUCUCGACACCCUUCCUGGACUGUCCGUAGUCAGCGUGGGGCACAGGCCGAGCCUCGUCCCCUUCCACGACACCAAGCUCAUCCUUGCCAGCAAGGGAUUCAAGCUAGAGAGCACGGGAUCGAACAGGAAAAGGGGGCACGGGACAGGUGCCCCCGCCUCUGCUAACGUCGCCGUCGCAGAUGGUGCCGAUUCUUCAACCUCGGGGAUGCGGUAGAUUGGAGCGGAGGGGGUUAACAGUUUUUUUUGUGAAACUAGGGCGAAGAACGUAUUUUUGAUGGAAUAGAAGCGUGUCCUGUGGUAGUGCGUCAUCAUCGCCAAGUACCCCACCACUAUGUGUGAGGCAGUUUAUCGUGUUGUGUGUUGCGACGGCUAGGCUCAAGAGAAGGUGCACCCCGUCUAGUUACAAACUCACGGUGCUUCUGAAAGGCGAAUAUCCGGCGUGGAUCGAAGUGGAUCGAGGUGAGCUUCCAACCCCGCGACUGACUGCCACCCUUGGGAUCCCUUGGUGCAAGUGGAGGGGGCCACCAGGGAGUAGGCCCCUACAGCAGUAUCACUGCCACUUGUGCGGCGGCAGAUCCUUUGAUUCAGUAGCUGGUUGGACCCGACGUUGUUGAUUGGUGGGUGUGCCAGGCACUGUAUAACGUAUGCGUUGCUCCUAUUUAUUCGACGGGAUGGAAGUUGAACGCACGGUGAGGUUCACAGGGGCGAGAUUACAUGGUGCUUGCGGACGAAAAGAGGUGUACAGAAUUUUUGGCGUUUGUAUUGGUAAUGAAUCAAUUACCUUGAAGGGCAAAGCUACAUAAUACCUUGG